AUGAGACCACCAAUAGAAGAGUCGCAACUUCUUGAAGGUAUGAGCGUGGUACUCCUGAAGACCACAGGACUUUGGAAUGCCAUUAAUACUUAUCUUACAACAGGACGCAGAACCAUCGGCUUGAAUAUUCUCACAGCAUAUUCAAUUUUUUACGCUCUGCCAUACGUAUUGUUUCAAAUGAUCAGUAUGUUCGUCAUUCGCGUCAAUGUCGAGAAAUUGACCUUUUUAUUCUUGAAUAGUUUUCCAUGCAUCCAAGUAUUUUUGAAAGUUUCCGUUUUUUGGUACAGGAUAGAAGAACAAAGUGAUAUAUUUACCUUGUUAAAACAAAAUUUUCUUACUUGUAUACCUUCGCACAAAAUGAUGAAAGCUAAUGAAAUUUAUAGAAGAUGGGCGAGACUCUCGAAUAUAGCAUGUGUUAUGGCAUUCGCUAGCAUGAUAUUGUGUAUGUCCAGCUGGAUUUUGGUGCCUGGAAUCGAUGGAGUGGACGAUACUGGAGCAGUAUCUAAGAAGAUACUCGGCGGUUGGUAUCCAUUUGCUUUCUCAAGACCUCCCUGGAACGAGAUUGUUUUCUAUUACGAAAUGGUUUUGAUGUCGACUCAUGGAUCUCUGAUAUCUUUGUUCGAAUGUGUGAUGAUCCAGCCAUUGCUAUGUCUGUGUGCACACUUCACCGUACUUGGCUACCACAUAUCUACCCUCAAAGCUGAAGAUGUCGCCUACAGCAAAACUAAAAACCCAUCCAAAUACAUGAAUAGCGAAUUGAGAGCCAUUCUCUUAGACUACGAGAUGCUUCUAAGGUAUACAGCUGUAAUGCAAGACAUCCUUAAUCUGCUUGUGACAGCAAUAUUAGGCACAGGAAUUGUAAUUCUCAUCAUAGGCGUUUUGCAGUUUAAGUUUGGGACGUUGGAUCCAAUGUUCGUAUUUCAUUUCUUGACGUUUCUUUCUUAUCAGGCGACAGAAGUGUUCUUAAUUUGUACCAGUUCUUCUGCUCUACAAACAGCUAGCUCGGAUAUUUGCUUCGCUAUAUACAGCAGUGAUUGGUACCUGGCAGACAGGGAAUACGCAAGAACGGCACAGAUGAUAAUGGUCAGAACUUUCAAACCUCUCACCCUUACCGCCAUAAAGAUGUAUCCAGUCAGCGUGGAAAUCUUAGUCGGACUCUUCCAAUUCACAUAUACCGCAGCUAUGGUACUGUCCAAAUGA